UCAAAAAGGGUGGAGGGGAAGGGGUGGAAGGAAAAAAAAAAAAAAGUAGAAUUACCAGUAGCUCUAGUUCUGCCAUCUCUUUCUCUUCCACACACCUUUACCUGCACAGACCUGAAAGUCCAGUUCCGCCAGGGAGCUAGGGAGAAGAUAAAGGGAGAGUUCAUUGGAUCAAACAUGUCACAAGAGACGGACAAUAAAAGGCUUGUGGUCUUGGUUUCCAAUGAAGCAGCUUUCAAUACCCUGCGGACGUAUACUAGUGAGGAUGAGGCCUGGAAGAAUUAUUUGGAAAACCCUUUGACAGCAGCAACAAAGGCGAUGAUGAGUAUAAACGGUGAUGAAGACAGUGCUGCGGCACUUGGCCUUUUAUAUGAUUAUUAUAAGGUUCCAAGGGAGAAAAGAUUAUUAUCUUUAAAUAAAUUAAACGAUGUACACGAUGACCAAGAUAAAAGGAAUGGUAUUCUGGCUAGUGAAACUCCAAGUAUCCUGAUUACCGGAGAGAAUCGGGUGCAGGUUUUGAAAUCGAAUCCAGUGAACCUUUCCCUUAACACAGAACCUGUGGAAUCCUCCAAGAGAGAACAGUAUAACAGUAAUUUAUCUGAAAGUCCAACACCUGCCCCAGCUUCCUCCGCCACCACGGUAAAAGCAGAGGAGUUCACACCGGUAUUUAUGACCCCUUCGGUGGCUUACAGAGCAGACAGCGAAGAACCUCGGGGGGUUAUUUUUGAGCAGACUCAUUAUGGCGCACAUAUUGCGCAACAUACAGACUACCUCAAGGACGAUCAGCGCAGUACGCCAGACAGCACAUACAAUGAAAGCUUUAAGGAAGCAGUCUCUGAUAAAUACCGCAGUUCAUCGGUGGCUGAGGAGUUUAUGUACGAUCAAACAGCAAGUACAUUUCAGUAUACUUUAGAAGCGACAAAAUCUCUUCGACAAAAACAAGGGGAAGGACCCAUGACUUACUUGAACAAAGGACAGUUUUAUGCCGUCACUCUGAGUGAAACGGGAACCAACAAGUGUUUCAGACAUCCCAUCAGCAAAGUCAGGAGCGUGGUGAUGGUUGUGUUCAGUGAGGAUAAAAACCGUGAUGAACAAUUAAAGUACUGGAAGUACUGGCACUCCCGGCAGCACACUGCGAAGCAGCGCGUCCUGGACAUUGCGGACUACAAAGAAAGCUUUAACACCAUUGGGAACAUUGAAGAAAUUGCGUAUAAUGCUGUGUCCUUCACUUGGGAUGUGAACGAGGAGGCCAAGAUUUUCAUCACAGUGAAUUGUCUCAGUACUGAUUUCUCCUCUCAGAAAGGAGUCAAAGGUCUUCCACUUAUGAUUCAGAUUGACACAUAUAGCUAUAAUAACCGCAGCAACAAGCCAAUCCACCGGGCCUACUGCCAGAUCAAGGUCUUCUGUGAUAAGGGAGCGGAGAGGAAAAUCCGGGAUGAAGAGCGAAAGCAGAACAAAAAAAAAGGCAAAAGUCAGACGGCACAGACUCCAUGCACCAAUAACUCGUCUGAUGCAAAGUUGUUAGCGGUCCCACUGCAUAAGAAGAGCGACAUCACCUUCUUCAAGACCAUGACGGACCUAGACUCCCAGCCUGUGCUCUUCAUUCCAGAUGUUCAUUUUGGAAACCUACAGAGGACAGGACAGGUUUUCUACAAUACAGACGAUGAUAUAGAAGGGAGCAGUGUUUUGGUGAAAAGGAUGCUGCGCCCGGUGGAUGAAGAAUUUGGUCCUCCUGCACCAAAGCAAAUGAAAGAAGGGAACAAAAAAGUUCUACUUUAUGUGAGAAAAGAAUCUGAUGAAGUAUUUGAUGCUCUAAUGUUAAAGUAUCCUACGGUGAAGGGGCUGUUGGAAGCUAUAUCUGAAAAGUAUGGUAUUCCUGUGGAGAAGAUUAUGAAAAUCUAUAAGAAAAGCAAAAAAGGCAUCUUGGUUAAUAUGGAUGAUAACAUCAUCGAGCAUUACUCCAAUGAGGACACGUUCAUUCUAAACGUGGAAAGCCUGGUGGAACAAGGCUUCAAGAUCACACUGACAGAGAUCUAGCCUGAAGUCUAACAGAUGCCUGAUGGGAAGGAAUCCAUGUGCGGAACAGAGGUCUGUUCUAUUGCACUCCCUGCCUUAUCAGAGACAUUUCCAAGAACUUGUAAUUAGUCAACAGGACAGAGAAUUCCAGGCUCACUCCAUUGUACAUGAGGGAAAAGAAGACAACGCAUUGUCAAGACUAACUGAAAUAUAUUUAUUUUUUUAUCACUUUUCUUAGUGAAACACAGACCAACCGGAUUUUUAUUGGAUUAUUCUAUAAUCUCUAUCUACUUACCCAUUAUAUAAAGCAAAACAGUACCGUUUUUCUAUUCUUUUCUUUAGCGAGCCAUUCUGAUUUUCCAUGGUGGAAAUGGAUCUAGUCUAUAUAAGAGUUGCAAUCAUGAUAAGGCAUGAUUAAGGGGAUUGGGGCAAGGCACGAUGGGAUGCAUAGGGAGUGGCCAUUAUUGUCCAAGUUUUUCUGACGGACUGUUGGAAAGUUUUAACAUGGCUAAGAGUGUAUUGCUUGCACAGUUUUCUUUACACAGAUGAAGAGCUUUGUGUGUGCAUGUUCUACAGAGGUCAAACGUGACCUACACAAAUUAUCAAGCAUUUAUCAUAUCAAACUGCCGCAGACACCUGAUUAUGGUACAUUAAGAACUAAAGAAAUGCUCAAAGAUGGGGGGUUUCAUGCAGUAGCUUAGUACCUACAAUUACAUAGAGAACACAAAGCCAAAAUAACACAGCUGAAUUCAUUUUGCAGUGUGGUCUAUUAACAUGUAAAAAAAAUAAUAACUGUACAAGAGAGACAGGAAAAUAAUUUCUAAGGUAUUUUGUAAGUAAUCUAAAAAAAUAGAUUUUUUUUUUAAUGUACAAAUUGUUUUGUAAAGUGCAAUAUCAUAUUUUAAUAAUAUUGUUUUGCUUUUUCUUGUUUCCUUAUUUUCUUUUUUUGGCAACUUUUUAUAUAUAAAAAAUAAAACAUGGUAAAUAGGACUUAAGCUGGGUGACCAUCAGAACGAUGUGUUCUCGGCUGAUCCGCUGGCCGACGGGGCAACAUAUCUCACAGUGCUUAGACUCUGCAUAAUGCAGUGGUACAACGGCACGAUGUACCAUGCCAUGCUGCAUUUAGCAGCAGGACAUCGUACACAUCAUCUUCUGAUUGACCGUGCAGCAUGGUCAACCAAAGGAAAUCAUUAAUGAACCGCGGGAGCACAUAAUUGAGGGUACACACUGAAUGAUCUGCACGAUUUGUCAAUACAAUUAGCCUGGAAACAACAAGUCGUGCAGCUGUCGUUUUGGUUUGUACUCUGUUUUAUAUCUACAUAUACAGUAGAUCUAGAGAAAGAGGAAAAGAGGCGACACUCACAGGACUUGUACAUACACACAAGUUAGAUGAAGAAAUAUUACAUAGGGGGUCAUUCCGAGUUGAUCGCUUGCUGCUUUCAUUUGCUGCGCAACGAUCAGGCAAAAAAAGGCACUUCUGCGCAUGCGGCGCAAUGUGCACGCAUGUCGUACUAUUACAAUGAACGAUGUAGUUUCACACAAGGUCUAGCAAAGCUUUUCAGUCGCACUGCUGGCCGCAGAGUGAUUGACAGGAAGAGGGCGUUUCUGGGUGUCAACUGACCGUUUUCAGGGAGUUUUCGGAAAAACGCAGGCGUGCCAGGAAAAACGCAGGCAUGGCUGGGUGAACGCAGGGCGUGUUCGUGACAUCAAAACAGGAACUGAAUAGUCUGAAGUGAUCGCAAGCGCUGAGUAGGUCUGAAGCUACUCUGAAACUGCGCAAAAUAAUUUUGUAGCCGCUCUGCGAUCCUUUCGUUCGCACUUCUGCUAAGCUAAAAUACACUCCCAGUGGGAGGCGGCAUAGCGUUUGCACGGCUGCUAAAAACUGCUAGCGAGCGAUCAACUCGGAAUGACCACCAUUGUCCGUACUCCUCAACUUCUGUGUGUAAUGAUUUUAAAGGGGGGGGGGGGGGGGACGUAUUUUAUUUUUAUUUGCAAUAUGGAUCAAGACAGCUCUAGAACGCUUCCAUGUUUUUAUCUCAAAUGUCUUUAAACUUUGAUUAACCCUGUGGCAUGUAUGUACAUAGAUAUUGUAGUAAAUAACUGGAACUUUGUAUUUUUGUGGCGAAUGUGAAAAAACUGGACACAUUUCACCCCCUUCCCCCCCCAAGAAAUAUACAGUAUGCUUGCUUUUUAAAAAAAAACAAAAAAAAAACACAAUACAAAACAUUUUUUCAUGACCGUGCUUCCCAAGCAACAUGUGCUCUUAUUUUAUUGCUGGAAAUGUUUCCCUAUACAGGUUGAGUAUCCCUUAUCCAAAAUGCUUGGGACCGGAGGUAUUUUGGAUAUGGGAUUUUUCCAUAUUUUGGAAUAAUUGCAUACCAUAAUGAGAUAUCAUGGUGAUGGGACCUAAAUCUAAGCACAGAAUGCAUUUAUGUUACAUAUACACCUUAUACACACAGCCAGAAGGUAAUUUUAGCCAAUAUUUUUUGCAACUUUGUGCAUUGAACAUAGUGUAUCUACAUUCACACAAUUCAUUUAUGUUUCAUAUACACCUUAUACACACAGCCUGGAGGUCAUUUAAUACAAUAUUUUGAAUAACUUUGUGUAUUAAACAAAGUUUGUGGACAUUGAGCCAUCAAAAAACAAAGGUUUCACUAUCUCACUCUCAUUCAAAAAAGUCUGUAUUUCGGAAUAUUCCGUAUUUCGGAAUAUUUGGAUAUGGGAUACUCAACCUGUAUUAUCUUUACUGGGGACCAUCUACAAAUUUAGUUUUUGUGGCUUGAAGACCAUCGAAAAAAUCAAAUGACACAUAUUAUGGAACAUAUGAAAAUAUUUGAUUUGGUGAAAUAAGAGACUUUGUAACUUUAGUUGUUAUUAAUUAUUAUUAUAACUUUUACAGGUGUCGCAUUUAUGACACUCCUAUUUUUUAAUAAAAAAAGGUUAAAAACAGUUUAACUCCUGCAAGAGGAAACUUUGCUCUUAAACAGCAACCAAAAAUAUGAAAUUCCAAUUUCCG